AUGGGCCUCGUGUUCUCAAUCAUUAGCCAGGCGUUCCCUCCCAAGUCAAAGUUCAACGUUGAGGAUAUCCCCGACCUUUCCGGGAGGGUCGUUAUUGUCACAGGGGCAAACACAGGUGUCGGAAAAGAGACCGUGAAGGCUCUUUUGCAACACAAUGCGAAGGUUUACGUCGCCGCGCGAAGCCAGGACAAGGCAGAACAAGCGAUCCAGGAUCUGAAGGAGCAGACCGGGAAGGAUGGCAUCUUCUUGAAGCUCGACCUGGGGGAUUUGAAGGGGGUCAAGGCGUCUGCUGAGGAGUUCUUGAGCAAGGAGAAAGAGCUCCAUAUUCUAUUCAACAACGCUGGUGUUAUGGUCCCUCCAAUUGACCAAGUCACGACCCAAGACUACGACCUGCAAUUCGGCACGAACGUGCUUGGACACUACUAUUUCACCACCCUCCUCCUUCCUGCCCUCAUCGCCGGAGCAAAGUCCAGCCCGGAUGGCAAAGCGCGUGUCGUGAACACGUCGUCUUCUGCAGCGUACUUUGCGAACACGAUCGACUUCAACACUGUCAAGAACACUGCUGCGCGGAAGAAGAAAGGGACUGGGUCGCUAUAUGCGCAGAGUAAACUCGGCAACGUUCUAUUCGCGAACGAAUUCGGACGAAGAUACGCUGACCAAGGCAUCGUUUCGACUUCUGUAAAUCCAGGAAAUCUCCGUUCGGACCUCCAGCGCCAUCUGUCAGUUUUUGAGCGGACAUUUAUAAAUUGGAUGCUCUACCCAACUUCGUUUGGCGCGCUCACGCAGCUUUACGCUGGAACGUCACCACAAGGGGCUGACAUGAAUGGACAGUUCUUGAUUCCUUGGGCUCGACCUGCGGCGCUACCUUCUGGUGCUCGGGAUCCAAAACUGGGAGAAGAGUUAUGGAAGUGGUUAGAGGAACAGGUGGCGAAGGUUUGA